UGUUGGUGGCAGUGGCAGUUUUCAAAUCACUUAGGCUACUGAAGUUGCUUGUUCUGCUUUGCGUUUAGUUAUGUAAUUAGGUUAAUAACCUUAGUGGCGGAAUUUAACUGCGUUUAAUUUGUCAUUCAUGUGGAGAUUUUGCAGCCUGCAGGAUAGUAGAGGGUUGCAGACCUGCCUCAUCUCCAGAUGGAGAAGAAAGGGGGACGAAAAUGGAAUGUAGAGAUUCUCCAGGACAAGCUUCCUACAGGGCACAUGGACUCUAUGGUCUUUCGGACCCAACCCCAGCAUCGCCAAUCGGCAUCGUUCUUGGAAAGACUGGGCCAAUCAGCGACUGGCUUUGAUAAAUAUUCAUGAUUCCCUGAUUCAAACCUUUGAGCGAGGUUGUGUAGAUCCACUGCAUAAUACCUAGACUUUUCACAGAGAGAAACUACAUUUUCUUAUGAAUGGAAAGUGAAAAAAUCAGUUGAGCUUAAAUUGGGAUCCAUCCUUCACUGAGAUCGUAGAGGAAAACAAAAAAGCAAGGGAAGAGACACGCCAGAAGAGAUGACAAUGACUACAAUGCCAGAGAGUCUUAAUAGCCCCGUCUCAGGAAAGAACGUGUUCAUGGAAUUUGGGCCACCGAGUCAACAAAUGUCGCCUUCCUCGAUGUCUCACGGACACUAUUCCAUGCACUGUUUACAUUCUGCUGGACAUAGUCAGCACGAAAGCUCGUACAGUCCGGCCUCAUCCUUCCACAGAUCUUUGGGUUAUCCAUACGUCAACUCAGUCGGCAGCCAUUCCUCGAGUCCGUAUAUCAGCGCCGUGCAGACAUACCCAAACAACACGGCAUUAACACAGACGCGGUUAGAAGACGCAGCCGCUGAAACAGAGAAAAACACUGUCGUGGAGGGCGGUGAGGUACGAUUCAAUGGCAAAGGGAAGAAGAUCCGCAAACCCCGGACAAUAUAUUCCAGUUUACAGCUUCAAGCACUAAACAGACGAUUUCAGCAAACGCAAUAUUUGGCCCUUCCAGAGAGAGCGGAACUGGCUGCAUCUUUGGGGCUUACUCAAACACAGGUGAAGAUUUGGUUUCAGAACAAGAGAUCGAAGUUCAAGAAGCUGAUGAAGCAAGGCGGUGGAACAAUAGACACUAAUGCGUUAGCCAAUGGUCGCGGACUCUCCACCGGUUCACCAACCGUGGCUCCGGUUUGGAACUCGACAGCCACUGUGAAAACACCUGUGGGAACGCCGGGCUCUUACAUCCCAAGUUACACCUCAUGGUACCCGACAGCGCAUCAAGAUUCUAUGCAGCAGCCACAGCUGAUGUGACCCUGAUGGACAGACCCUCGCCAUUUUUCCUCUCUAUGGAUGGCUCAGAGGGCCUUGGGGUCAGUCGCUGAGCUUUGUACCCUGGCCCACUGCAGUUACGCACUGAUAGAAUCAGAAGCCAAGUCCCCAAAAUGCCGACAGAAGUUGUCGGCAUUCGCUUAAGAUCAUUCGAUGAUUUGCUGAGAUCAGCUGCCUGCAGAACUUUCCGGAAGGAGAGACACUAGAAAGCAUUGGCUCCUUCAUCAAAGGGCAAGAGGUCUUACUCAGUCCGCUAGAUACACAGGAAAUUGCCGUGAAAGUGGGUCAUUCAAGCUGCUGCUGUUUUUGUGACAUUUCGAUUUGUGUAAAAAUAAUUAAAUCAAACUGUAAUAUAUCAGAAA